AUGGCGGUUCGCGACGGCGAAAAGCAGAGGGUGUCGGGACAUUGGUCGGCAGUUCCGAGCCGGCAAGAGGAAAUUGUUGAGAAGUCAGCCAAGCAAGUUCCGAGCGCUGCCGCUCCACCGGAGCAGCCUGCUGAGGCUGUACAGCCUCCUCAAGUUGCACAGCUAUCUGAGCAGCCCACGAAAGCUGCUCCACAACCUGAAUCGACGCCAGUGCCACCACCCAGGAAACACGUUCCAAAGGAGCAGGAGGUCCCUGUGCCGAUCACGAGGCAGAUGUCUGGGACAGAAGAGGAAACUCAAACAGAGAAGGAACGAAAGGUCCGCUUGGUUGCUGUCAAGUUUGCUGAAACCUUCACUGAAAGCGUCAUGAGCCAAGCUCGGGCCGAGGCCUGUUCGCAGUCCCGUUCAGGUUGA